UUCGUCAUUCAGUGUUCCUCUGUCAUUCACAUCAGGUCGUCCAUCCCAAACAGCUCUAGGCUAACAACUUUUAACGCAAGUAUGUCUGCAGACAAGUUUAAAGGUGUCUAUGGCCUCCACAAAAGCGAAAAUUUCGAUGCCUACAUGAAAGCCCUUGGGGUUGGUAUGGUGCUGCGAAACCUUGGCAACACAGCAAAACCUACACUGACUGUCACUGUGGAAGGCGACAAAAUGACGUUUCAUUCAAAGACCACUCUAAAAACAACCGUAAUUGAGUUCACGAUAGGAGUAGAGAGUGAAUCGACAACUAUGGAUGGAAGAAAGAUUAAGUCGACAGUUGUUUGGGACGGUGAAAAAUUAAAGGAAGAACAAGUAAGUGUGGACGGAAAGGGCAAACCAACUACGAUAGUAAGGGAGAUCAAUGCAGAUGGUGAUUUAGUCAUCACAUGCACUGUUGACGACAUUGUUGGUGUUCGUGUCUACAGAAAGAAAUAGAGCUAUAUGGUUAUUUUAGUGGGAUGAUGUCUCUACUAGGCAUAUAAGACUGUUGAAAAUUAUGUUGAUUGUUCAAGGUGGUGAUCAUAACGUUAAACAAACACCGGAAAUGAGAGAGUUCGAGAAUGUUUGGACAGAAGAUCCAAACAAUAAAUGAUCAUGACAUGGCGGUAUUAUUUUCGAAGUUACUUCAGUGUACAACCUAAUACCUCCAUGUCAUAAAUGUAGUGUAAUACGAAAAGUUUCAUAUGAGCUUCACGAAGUUCAAAAUAUGAGAAACAAAACUAGGAAAUGAUGAAUCAUGCCGGAAAUGAGGAUGUAAUCCUUUGGGAGUCAAUGAUGAAAUGUAUCUGAACAUAAUCGAUUAAAAUGAAAAUAUAUAUAAUAUAUAAUAGAUUUAUAUAAGGUGUUACCAAAACAGCAGUAACUAAUUUAUUCACAUGAUUAUUGACUUUUAUUGUAAUCAUGACGGAUACUGCAAAUUAAACUUCUUCCAGUUUUAAA